CGGGCGGGGCCGCGGUCGGGGAGUCCGAGCUCGAGCCCCCGCCCCAGGCCAGCCCCAGAGGGAUCCCCGGCCCGAGCCGGAGGCCGGUGCAGCCCGGGUUCCCGUGUCCGCGCCGUUCCCUGCGUGCGAGUCCGGCCCGAGCCGCGGCGCCGCGGCAGCCGUCCUCCAUCCGUUCAGUUCCACAGCCCCACCUGGACGUCCUCCCAACCCCGGCCCUGGAAGCUUGGGAAAGGGGUUAGGGCCAAGGCCGAUUCCCUUCCCGACGCUCAGGUAUCCCCGGAGCCACCCGCGUCCCCACCUCGCUGCCUGCUGCCUUGUCUCAGCCUCCCCUGCUGGGCCAGCCGCCACCAUGUUCUCGUGUGUGAAGCCCUACGAGGACCAGAACUACUCUGCCCUGAAGCGGGCCUGUCAGCGGAGGAAGGUGCUCUUCGAGGACCCCAACUUCCCGGCCACCGAUGACUCGCUGUACUACAAGGGCACCCCAGGCCCCACGGUCAGGUGGAAGCGGCCCAAGGACAUAUGUGAGGACCCCCGCCUCUUUGUGGAUGGCAUCAGCUCCCACGACCUGCACCAGGGCCAAGUGGGCAACUGCUGGUUUGUGGCGGCCUGCUCGUCGCUCGCCUCCCGGGAGUCCCUGUGGCAAAAGGUCAUCCCCGACUGGAAGGAGCAGGAGUGGGACCCCGAGAAACCCAGUGCCUACGCGGGCAUCUUCCACUUUCACUUCUGGCGCUUUGGGGAGUGGGUGGACGUGGUCAUCGAUGACCGGCUGCCCACGGUCAACAACCAGCUCAUCUACUGCCACUCCAGCUCCCGCAACGAGUUCUGGUGCGCCCUGGUGGAGAAGGCCUACGCCAAGCUGGCGGGCUGUUACCAGGCCCUGGAUGGAGGCAACACGGCGGAUGCGUUGGUGGACUUCACGGGUGGUGUUUCCGAGCCCAUUGACCUGACUGAGGGCGGCUUCGCUGACGACGAGGCCAAGAGGAACCAGCUGUUUGAGCGUGUGUUGAAGGUGCAUAGUCGGGGAGGCCUCAUCAGUGCCUCCAUCAAGGCAGUGACAGCAGCAGACAUGGAGGCCCGCCUGGCGUGCGGCCUGGUGAAGGGCCAUGCAUAUGCCAUCACUGACGUGCGCAAGGUGCGCCUGGGCCAUGGCCUGCUGGCCUUCUUCAAGUCGGAGAAGCUGGACAUGAUCCGCCUGCGUAACCCCUGGGGCGAGCGGGAAUGGAACGGGCCCUGGAGUGACACCUCGGAGGAGUGGCAGAAAGUGAGCAAGAGUGAGCGGGAAAAGAUGGGUGUGACCGUGCAGGAUGACGGGGAGUUCUGGAUGACCUUCGAGGACGUGUGCCGGUAUUUCACCGACAUCAUCAAGUGCCGCUUGAUCAAUACGUCUUACCUGAGCGUCCAUAAGACGUGGGAGGAGGCCCGGCUGCGGGGCGCCUGGACGCGGCACGAGGACCCCCAGAAGAACCGCAGUGGGGGCUGCAUCAAUCACAAGGACACCUUCUUCCAGAACCCGCAAUACAUCUUUGAUGUCAAGAAGCCUGAGGAUGAAGUGCUGAUCUGCAUCCAGCAGCGGCCGAAGCAGUCUACCCGCCGGGACGGCAAGGGUGAGAAUCUGGCCAUCGGCUUUGACAUCUAUAAGGUGGAGGAGAACCGCCAGUACCGCAUGCACAGCCUGCAGCACAGGGCCGCCAGCUCCAUCUACAUCAACUCGCGCAGCGUCUUCCUACGGACCGACCAGCCCGAGGGCCGCUAUGUCAUCAUCCCCACCACCUUCGAGCCCGGCCACACUGGCGAGUUCCUGCUUCGGGUCUUCACUGAUGUGCCCUCCGACUGCCAGGAGCUGCGCCUAGAUGAGCCCCCCCACUCCUGCUGGAGCUCCUUGUGUGGCUACCCCCAGCAGGUGACGCAGGUGCACGUCCUAGGGGCUGCUGGUCUCAAGGACUCCUCGACAGGGGCCAACUCUUAUGUGAUCAUUAAGUGUGAGGGAGACAAAGUCCGCUCGGCCGUGCAGAAAGGUACCUCGACGCCCGAGUAUGACGUGAAAGGCAUCUUCUACCGCAAGAAGCCGGGCCAGCCCAUCACAGUCCAGAUCUGGAACCACCGAGUCCUGAAGGACGAAUUCCUGGGCCAGGUGCACCUGAAGGCUGACCCGGAUGACCUCCAGGCCCUGCACACCCUCCACCUCCAGGACCGCAGCAGCCGGCAGCCCAGCGACCUGCCCGGCACCGUCGCUGUGCGCGUCUUAAGCAGCACCUCCCUCACGGCCGUCUGACACCUGCCCCCCUGCCUGGCCGCCGCGGUUUUACCAUCUGCAUGUCCCCAGCCUGGCCAGGGACUCGCCCAGGAGCCAGGACGCUGGGGGCCUCUUCCCAGCUUUUCCGCUGACUUGCUGUGUGACCUGGGGAGGCCUCUGCCCUUCUCAGGGCCUCAGUGUCCCAAGGCCCCCAAAGCAGUCCCUUCUCAUGGAGGAGCCUUUCUGCCUGAGAUUGACAAGAGCUCUCCUUACCCCAGCCGUCGCCACUGCGAAGGGACUCUAUCCGUUGAAAACAUUUUCCCAGGGCCCUGCUGUCUGCCGACGGAGUGCCAAGAUCUCACUUGUUUACACACAAUCUGCCACGUCCCCAAACCCCACUCUUGCCCCUUGUGUCCCAGGCCCGCCCCUGUGAACCAGACCUUGCUUUCUCUGUCACCUACACCUGCUUUUCUAGCCACCUUGAAAGGACUCUUGGCUCUUGCUGGGUUCCUGCUUGGGCUGGAGUCAGGAAAAUGGGCAGGUGACAUUUGUUCGUUCUCUGAUCCUAUCCACUUGCCCAUCCAUUUAUUUAUGCAACAGAGAUUUGCCAAAUGAAUAAACGAUGCCCAUGAGACCCCCUGGUGGCACCAGGCACCUCACUGCCACUCUGGGAGACCCGGCCCCUGUCCUGGGCCUCACCCCUGCUCUCAGGUCCUCUCCAAGGCAGAUGCCCAGACGCCCAGAGGAGCUAUGGCUGCCCCCUUACCCGAGGCUGAUUUCACUCCUAGCCUCUGUGUGAAGGCCCCUAGUGGGAUGGUGGCGGCCAUGGGGAGGAAGGGCGUCUUCCUGCCUCUACUGUCCUCAUGCCAGGAGGCGUGUGCCCGGUUUGGUGGGCCAGGAGGGUGUGGGGAGGCCUGGGGACCUGAAGGCCCCCCUCUGCUGCAAGACCUGAGCUUUUCCCGGGACAGGGGACCCUGGGGCGGUGGUCCCUGGCCCACUGGACUCAGGUCAUUUGUCAGGCUUGGCAGGAGACAGGUAAGUCUGUCACCUGACCAGAGGCCCCUCUCCCAGCAUUCCCCCCAGAACACAGCCAAAGAGGCUAUGGCCCUCCUCUUGCUGCCUGGAUCAAAGUGUCCCUUUAGCCCUCUUUAUAUUCUCUAUGUGUUACCAAUUUUAACCAGGGGCUUUUAAACUGAGAGCCUGAACCCCCUUUUUUCAUCUUCACCUCCAGUUCCUGUGGUCUGCUGAUUUUAUUUAGAUUCUGCCGGGGGUGGGGGAUGAGGAGUCCUGCCUUUUCAGAGGAGGACCACAGCGGGUGAAGAAGAGGGCGUUCGGGCAUAUCGCCAGCUGGCCCCACCUGGGGUUCCUGGUGAGUGUUGGUGCCACGACCUGCCUGGGUCUCUUCUGUGGCCUUUGCUGGCUGCAGACCAGGUGAUGUAAAUGAAAAGCCCAGUUGGUUUAAGAGCAGGAACUCCUGUGGCCUUGCUGGGCAUUCCAGGCACCUGAACCUUUGGCUCCCCCUGCUGGCUGUUCGGCGCCGCGUCCCGGCUGGAGGCGCUGGGUGUGCCUGGCUCUGCUCCUGCGCCCGGGCACCCAGCCACGUGUGAGGACAGAGGAUUCCUUCUCGAAAAGCUGGGACUUCUGCAGAACUUGGGUCUGGGGCUGGGGCAGGACCACGUGACCAGGAGCAAGUCCCUGAACCCUCCUGUGCCUCGAUUUCCCUUCUGCGAAGCGGGGCCAAUGGUUCUUGUGUGUCGGUGCUUUCACAAGUGCUGAAUAAGGGCAAAACCAUACCCUUUCUGUCUCUCUCUAGCGUGCCCACUACGCACAUUCAUGUAAUCACUCCUCAGUGUCUUUUCCAAGUGAAGACUCCCGAGUCGGGGUGGAGAGGUGAGGGCCAGGCAUACCAGCGUGGGGCCCCUGGGGCUGACACCUGGGUCUUUGCUCAGCCAUGCCCACCUGGGCUAGUGGGCAAACCAGGACCGAUCGGCAGGCCUGUGUGGGCUUCGGUCUGGGGAUUGGGCAUUGCCGUCCCCCUCAGGCCCUCCCAGAAAAAACCAGUUUUGGCAGCCCUGCCCUUGCUUGCUGCUCCUCUGAGUGGGCCAGCCUGGCUCCUGGCUGUGCAAAGGGCCCUGGUCCCUGGGCAGGUGAGGAUGGAGUUCUGCCGGCCGGGACUGGAGGGUGGGUGGGGAGAGCAAAUGCUCCAUUCCCCUGAUGCGCCCUUCAGCCCAUGGGGUCCUCAGAGUCCUUACCUGCUGCUGGGCAGGGCUUCUGGUCAUAUCACCUGGAUGUGGGCUUCACUCCCCCAGGGCCGACCAUGGGGUCGGGAACGGAGACCUGUUCUGUUCUCAGAAUAAACAUUACCACAAUCUCAGAAA